AUGGCCUCUAAAGCUGUAGUAUCAGUGGAAGAUUUGACCUGUCCUGUGUGCUGUGACAUCUUCAGUGAUCCUGUUUUCCUGUCAUGUAGUCACAGUGUGUGUAAAGUCUGUCUGCAGCAGUUCUGGAGUAAAAAAGGAUCACAGGAGUGUCCUGUCUGUAGGAGAAGAGCAUCAAAAAAUCUGCCUCCUUAUAACCUGGCUCUAAAGAACUUGUGUGAGACCUACUUACAGGAGGGAAGUCAGAGAUCUUCAUCAGGGUCUGAGGAGUUCUGCAGUCUGCACAAUGAGAGACUCAAACUCUUCUGUCUGCAUGAUAGACAGCCUUUGUGUUUGGUGUGUCGGGAUUCAGAAAAACACACAAACCACAAAUUUCGUCCACUAGAUGAAGCUGUGCCAGGUUACAGGGAGGAACUGAAGAAUGCACUAAAACCCUUACAGGAGAAACUGAAAUUUUUUAAAAAGGUUAAACAAACCUGUCAUGAAUCAGCAGAGUACAUUAAGACUCAGGCUAAACACACAGAGAUACGGAUUAGAGAAGAGUUUGAGAAACUUCACCAGUUUCUACGAUAUGAAGAGACAGCCAGGAUAACUGCACUGAGAGAGGAAGAGGAGCAGAAGAGUCAGAUGAUGAAGGAGAAGAUGGAGGAGAUGAGCAGAGAGAUAUCAUCUCUUUCAGAUGCAAUCAGAGCUAUAAUAGAGGAGAUCAAAGCUGAAGACAUUUGGCUCCUGAAAAACUUUGAUUUCACAAAGAGAAGAGCCCAGUGCACACUGCAGGAUCCAGAGAUGCUUUCAGGAGCACUGAUUAAUGUGGCACAGCACCUGGGCAACCUGAAGUUCAGAGUGUGGGAGAAGAUGCAGGACAUUGUUCAAUACGCUCCUGUGAUUCUGGACCCCAACACUGUAGGACCAUAUCUCAUCCUGUCUGAGGAUCUGACCAGUGUGAGAUUCAGCGAUGAGAAACAGCAGAUUCCUGAUAAUCCAGAGAGAUUUGAUGAAUUUCCAUGUGUUCUGGGCUCUGAGGGCAUUAACUCAGGGAUACACUGCUGGGAUGUUGAUGCUAGGGAGAAUACACGCUGGUCCUUGGGUGUGAUCACAGAGUCAAACCAGAGGAAAGGAAAGACAUUCUUUAAAACAGGCGUCUGGCGUGUUCAGUUACAUGGUGGUAAAUACUGGUUGAAGGCCUCAGGAGAGUCAUCUACUCCACUGACAGUGAAUAAUAAACUCCAGAGGAUCAGAGUGGAACUGGACUGGGACAGAGGAAAACUUUCAUUCUCUGACCCUCUAAAUAACACACACCUACACACCUUCACAGAGACUUUUACUGAGAGAAUGUUUCCAUACCUUGGUAAUGGCUGUAAACUCUCUCCUCUGAGGAUCUUACCAGUGAAGUCUUGUGUAACAGUGAAACAGAACAUUGACACUGACAUUAGAGAGGGUCAAGUAUUACUGUCUGAGAAAAUGGCUUCAAGAGCUUCGCUAUCAGAAGAGGAUUUCUCCUGUCCUGUGUGCUGUGACGUCUUCAGGGAUCCCGUUGUCCUGUCAUGUAGUCACAGUGUGUGUAAAGACUGUCUGCAGCAGUUCUGGAGUAAAAAAGGAUCACAGGAGUGUCCUGUCUGCAGGAGAAGAUCAUCAAAAGAAAUGCCUCCUCCAAACCUAGCCUUAAAGAACCUGUGUGAGGCUUUCUUACAGACAAGAACUCAGGAAACUUCAUCAGGGUCUGAGGAGCUCUGCAGUCUACACAGUGAGACACUUAAAUUCUUCUGUCUGGAGGAUAAACAGCCUGUGUGUGAGGAGUGUCAGACUUCAGGAAUACACAAAAAUCAUAAAUUCUGCUCCAUUAAUGAAGCAGCAUGUAAACAGAGGGAGGAGCUAAGGACUGCACUGAAGCCCUUACAGGACAAACUGAAGAUCUUUAAAGACAAGAAACAAAACUGGAAUAAGACAACAGAACACAUUAAGAACCAGACUGUACACACAGAGAGGCAGAUUAAGGAGGAGUUUAAGAAGCUUCACCAGUUUCUACGAGAUGAAGAGACAGCCAGUAUAACUGCACUGAGAGAGGAAGAGGAGCAGAAGAGUCAGAUGAUGAAGGAGAAAAUUGAGGAGAUAAACAACGAAAUAUCAUCUCUCUCACAGACAGUCAGAGCCAUAGAAAAUGUGCUAAGAACCGAUGACAUGUCACUCCUACAGGAUUUCAAGACCACAAUCAAAAGAGCUGAAUGCACACUUGACAGACUGCAGAAUCCAGAGAUGCUUUCAGGAGCACUGAUCAAUGUGGCAAAGCACCUGGGCAACCUGAAGUUCAGAGUGUGGGAGAAGAUGCAGGACAUUGUUCAAUACACUCCUGUGAUUCUGGACCCCAACACUGCUAACCCAAAACUCAUCCUGUCUGAGGAUCUGACCAGUGUGAAAAACAGUGAUGAGGAACAGCAGAUACCUGAUAAUCCAGAGAGAUUUAAUAACUACCUAUGUGUGCUGGGCUCUGAGGGCUUUAACUCAGGGAUACACUGCUGGGAUGUUGAUGUUGGGGACAGUACACUCUGGGACUUGGGUGUGAUCACAGAGUCAAACCAGAAGAAGGGAGACACAUUCUUUAACACUGGUGUGUGGCGCAUUCGGUUAUAUGAUGGUAAAUACUGGUCGUGGGCCUCAGAAAGGUCAUAUGUUCCAAUGACAGUGAAUAAUAAACUCCAGAGGAUCAGAGUGGAACUGGACUGGGACAGAGGAAGACUCUCAUUCUCUGAUCCUCUAAAUAACACAAACCUACACACCUUCACACAUACUUUCACUGAGAGAAUGUUUCCGUUCUUCUAUAAUUACUGUAAACUCUCUCCUCUGAGGGUUUUACCAGUGAAACAUUGUGUGACAGUGGAACAGCACAGUUAG